AUGGCGUCCUUGCUGGGGGAGCAGAUAUUUGAGAUCAGUGACCGUGGUCCUCCUCCUCCUAAAGAUUUUUUCCAACUGGUUGUGACCAGAAAUGAGGUCAUACUGAGGUCAUGGACCAUCUCUGUGCGGCUAGGAUCCAGAGGUGUUCCCCCCAAAGAGCUGAAGAUGACCCACCCUGAUUUCCUAAAGGACAGAGGGCUACAGCAGCAUGUUGGAGGUAUUUUUGAGCAGAGGGUCCUGGAACAUGUCCUUUUACUUUGCCAAGGACAGUUUGACUACCUGGAGCGUUUACCUGAUGACAUUCUGCUCAGAAUCCUGUCCUAUCUGGAGCUCAAAGACACGACCAAGCUGGCUCAAGCCUCAAAACGAUUCAGAAAGCUCUGCAGUUCAGAGGAGUUUUGGGAGCAGAUAGUGAGGAAUUGUUGUCCUGGCUUCACUAGCGAUAUGGAGGGCUUGGCCAACGCCAUGGGCUGGAGACCAAUGUUUUUCACCUUCUUCUACACCACUGAUAGUAACACUGAGCGGAGCAACAGAGCAGAUUCAUUAAAAUAA